AUGGGAAAGAUGGGUCGACCAAAGGGAGAAUUUAUGGUAGGGGAAGGCGAAGGGGUCUCGCCACGCCGAGUGCCUUACGAUUACGGAUCUCUGAUGCACUAUCAUGCAGUCGCUCAUGCCAUUAAGCUCGGAAUCCGAUUGCUAUGUAUAGUUUCCAAUUUCUAUUACAAAGCAAAGGAUAAGCUGAAACGAGAAAGGGAAUGA